AUGGCGGAUAGUGGUUUACCUAUUGAGCAGGUAAAAGAGUUUAAUGAUUGGGUGCUUGGUAUUGGAGAUGGCACUGCAAAAGUCAGUAGGCAAGCAAGGAAGUUCAAAGCUGUACCCAGUACAUAUACUAUCUUUUUCACGUCAUGGACCAUUGUUGAAGAAAUACCUUCCGAUCAUUCAGACAAUCUUCCGCUCUACAAUUUUAACUUUGUGGACUUUGAGGAUUUAGAUCAUAAACAAAGGCAAGGACAAGGUUUAGUAGAUGUUAUUGGGCAACUUACGGUCGUGUACCCCUUAGUGCAUUCUAGCAGAUUGAAUGGCCCAUCUAUAAGGCGGGAAGUGGAACUCCGUGACUUAAGUGACCGGCUUUUAUCAGUAACUUUGUGGGGUAAACAUGCAGCAUCUUUUGAGGAUGAGUUCCUUAUUGAGACUAUAUGUAAAGAUGAACUAGCUGUGAUCAUUUUUGCUGGGCUGCAAGUAAAGCUAUUUUUAGGUGCUCCCAGAUACCGGAGUGGUUCUACAACAAAAUGUCUACAGGGAAGAGGCUUCGAAGUUCUGCUCCUACCAGGGGAUGGUAAUGCUACAGCGGGUGGUAUCAACGAGGAAAAUGCAAAUAGAAAGACUGUAUCCGAGCUUUUUACCUUAAAUCCUCAUGACAAUAGUGUAUUUUGUGCUCCCCUAGAAAGUUUUAGGCGUACCUUUUACCUCAUAGUGAUUAGUUUUACCUUCUAUCUUGCAUUAGGAUAUACGCUUUACAUGCCACGCAAGUAUAAAAGAAACAUUCAAGUUGCAGUGAUGAGUGAGGCUGCAACUAUGUGGUAUGCGCCAUCAACUAUCAUCUACUACGGCUCCACCUUUCAUUAGAUAAAUGGUCCACCGCUUGUAUUUUAUGCUUAGAUUCUUAGAUCUUGCUUUGUCGCUUGUGAUCUAGCAAUAAAUCAUGUGUAUCUAGGAGUCUACUCUAUCGAUUAAGUCUUUAAAUACCUUCAUGUAUGCAACUACUUUAGUAGAAUGUUUGUAGCAGGGCAAUUGUCUGUUUGUUGGAUUGGCU